ACUCACCUCAGACUCCGGUUUCUGUCUUGCAAGAAACUCCAAUCCCUGUAUCCUCUGAUGUCAAUCUGUUCUUACAUCUUUCCGAUUAUUUUAAACAUGAUUUCCCCAAAAUUCCUGACUUCUGGAUUUUCUUAGUGUCCCCCUACUCUGUUUCCUCUGUCUGGCAACUACUCCUGUUUCUUCGGUUGUCUUUUUUUUGGAUGAAACAUGAAUCUUGAAGACCCAAUUCUCUUGAUCUUGGCGAUGUUUCUUCUGGUAAUCUCCACUCAAGCAGCCAACUGCGACAGAUACUGCGGCGGCAAGCGGUUGCAAUACCCUUUUGGAUUCUCCGACGACUGCAAAAUCCCUUUAAAUUGUUCAAACGGCAAUAUCAUGAUCAACGACUUUCCGGUCAUCGACGUUAAUUCUGAUAGCAUAAGGAUCAACAUCGAACCUGAAUGCAAACGUCCUCUCAACGCCCUCCACGAUCUCUUCGGCAAGAACUACGCCCCGUUGUCUCGGAAUGCUAUAUUAUUGUACGGUUGUGGAAACCGGUCUGUUCCCUGCACCAUCCCCACCAUAAAUGUGCAAACUCGUUUUGAGAUGAUGAAUUGCAGCUCCAACCCCAGGGAUAAUGGUAUGAGUUGUUAUUCGGAGUACAGAAUUAAUGGUUUUGUCAAUUACAAUAACCUGAGUCGGUGGCACUGCCGGUAUUUUCUAUCGUCGAUAUUUGCUGCGGAGUUGUCUAACGGAUCCGGUGGGAUGUCGUUGGAUGUUCGAGUUGCGGAGCUUGGAUGGUGGAUUGAUGAGGUUAAGUGCCAGUGUUCUCGAAAUGCCUAUUGUAACCUGAUUUCCACACCAAAUGGACAGCAGGGUUUUCGUUGCAACUGCAUAGAGGGCUUCAUCGGCGACGGGUAUCGUGCCGGUAGUGGCUGCACCAAAGAUCCUUCAGAUUGCAAGGCGGUAAAAUACCUGUCUGGUAAAUGUGGUAGACCGAACGUUGCUGCCUUAGUUGGAGGCAUAGCUGCUGGAACUACCUUAAUACUCGGGAUAGGCCUACUAUGUUGCAUAUUGAAACGAAGAUCCAUUUCAAAAUCCAGAAGCUUCUCAAAACACCAGCUUUCUGCCGCUACAGGCGUCAGCAUCAGCAUCCCCAUCCACCCCUAUAGAGAAAUAGAGAAAGCCACAAACAAUUUCUCCGAAAAACAGAGGCUGGGAACGGGGGCCUAUGGAACAGUGUAUGCUGGAAAACUCAAUAACGAUAUGUGGGUCGCCAUUAAAAGGAUUAAGCACAGAGACAUGGACAGCAUUGAACUAGUCAUGAAUGAAAUAAAGCUCCUUUCCUCUGUCAGCCACCCCAAUUUAGUCCGCCUCCUUGGUUGCUCCAUCAACAAUGAUGAACAAAUCCUUGUCUAUGAAUUCAUGCCUAAUGGAACAUUAUGCCAGCAUUUGCAAAGAGAAAGAGGUGAUGGACUUCCCUGGGUAGUUCGGCUCUCAAUUGCCUCCGAAACAGCACAAGCCAUUGCCCAUCUGCACUCUGCUGUCGACCCACCAAUAUACCACAGAGACAUUAAAUCAAGCAACAUACUUUUGGAUUACAAUUUUCUAUCCAAAGUAGCAGAUUUUGGUCUUUCCAGGUUGGGAAAAACUGAAAUUUCCCACAUUUCAACUGCCCCUCAAGGAACUCCGGGGUACCUUGAUCCUCAGUACCAGCAAAACUUCCAACUUUCGGAUAAAAGUGAUGUUUAUAGUUUUGGGGUCGUUCUUGUUGAGAUCAUAACGGCUUUGAAAGCAGUAGACUUUUCCAGACACCCAAAUGAGGUCAAUUUGGCAGCUCUUGCUAUUGAUAGAAUCAGUAAGGGGAGAUUAGAUGAGAUCAUAGACCCUUUUAUAGGGCCACAUAGUGAUGCUUGGACGUCUUCUUCAGUGUGCAAGGUGGCCGAGAUUGCAUUCAGGUGCUUGUCCUUUGACAGGGACAUGAGGCCUACCAUGAAGGAAGUGGCAACAGAAUUGGAGCAAAUCAGGGCAAGUAGAUGGGCUUCUUCUAAAGUAAUUACAUAUGCAGCUUCAUUUGAGGCUUCUACUUCCUCCUCUUCGUCGAAUGUGAGUGUGCAACCGCUUAGCUUGAAGUUGAAGAAGGAAAGUGGGGGUUUGUUUAUGUUGCAUGGUAGUAUUGGCAGCACGAACUCAAUGGAGAGAUUGAAGGGUAAUUCGCCAGUUUCUGUUCAGGAUCCAUGGCUAAGCGAACAGAGUUCACCUUCAUCAAACAGUUUGCUUAGCAAUGCAAUUCACUGACCCUGAGGACCUUCAUUUACAAUAGUUAUAUUAUCAAAGGCUUUGUAGGAAUGAAAAAUGAGUGAAAGUAGAGAGUAAUUGCUAAUUACGUCCUAAAUAUACAAUCAUCUUCAUGUUUUUAUGCCUUUUUAGCCCGUAAACUAAACAAAUACUACAGUG